ACGGCUAGUGCUCGAAAUUUCAGCAUGGCUGACAAAAGAUUAUGGCUGUGCUGUUUUUUGCUUCUUGCAGUAGCCUUUGCACAAGACGAUGAUGAGGAAGGUGGAGAAGACUCCACAGCAGAGCAACUAUGCGAAAACAGGCCAACAGACGAAUAUUUCAGACUGAAAAUCGACAGAGACUGCAGAGAGGUGGUCAGGUGCGAUAUGAACUCAGAUGCCAAUGGCGUCACUAGACUGGCCGCGGUAAAAUGUCCAGCUGGAUUGGCCUUUGAUCUCGAUCGACAGACUUGUGAUUGGAAAGUCAAUGUCAAAAAUUGCGAUCGUUUAGAAAAACCAAGGAAAGUUCUCCCUAUCUUCAAAACCGACGAACCACAAUGCCCGGAAGGCCAGCUCAUGUGUGGUAACAAAGAAUGCAUCGAUAAAGAUCUGUUUUGCAACGGCAAGCCAGAAUGUAAAGACGAAUCUGACGAAAACGCAUGUGAUGUCGAUACCGAUCCAAAUCGCGCCCCAGACUGUGACCCCACCCAAUGCGUUCUCCCAGACUGCUUCUGCUCAGCCGACGGCACCAGAAUCCCUGGUAGCUUGGAAGCAGCCAACGUGCCCCAGAUGAUCACCUUGGCCUUCAACGGAGCCGUCAAUGUCGACAACAUCGAUCUCUACGAAGAGAUCUUCUCGGGUCUGAGAGCCAACCCCAACGGUUGCCAAAUCCGCGGUACCUUCUUCGUCUCCCACAAAUACACCAACUACUCUGCGGUGCAAGAUUUGCACAGGCGAGGACAUGAAAUCGCGGUGUUCUCUCUCACUCACAAGGAAGACCCCCAGUACUGGUCCCAAGGCUCGUACGACGACUGGCUGGCUGAGAUGGCAGGAGCCAGACUCAUCAUCGAGAGAUUCGCCAAUAUCACUGACGGUUCCAUAGUGGGGGUUCGGGCCCCUUACUUAAGGGUCGGAGGCAACAAGCAAUUCGAGAUGAUGACUGAUCAGUUCUUCGUCUACGACGCCUCCAUAACAGCUUCCUUGAACCGAGUGCCCAUCUGGCCUUACACCCUUUACUUCAGGAUGCCGCACAAGUGCAAUGGCAACGCUCACAAUUGUCCUAGCAGAAGCCACCCCGUCUGGGAGAUCGUCAUGAACGAGUUGGACAGGAGGGAUGACCCUACCUUCGACGAGUCACUUCCUGGUUGCCACAUGGUGGAUUCCUGCUCUAACAUACAGACUGGAGACCAGUUCGCUAGGCUGCUGAGGCACAACUUUAACAGGCAUUUCAACACCAACCGCGCUCCUCUCGGUUUCAACUUCCACGCUUCGUGGUUGAAGAGCAAGAAGGAGUUCAAGGACGAGUUGAUCAAGUUCAUCGAGGAGAUGUUGGCGCGCAACGAUGUGUACUUUGUCACGAAUUUGCAGGUUAUUCAAUGGAUGCAGAAUCCUACGGAGUUGAACGGGCUUAGGGACUUCCAGGAGUGGAAGGAGAAGUGCGAUAUCAAAGGACAACCCUACUGCUCUCUGCCGAAUUCGUGUCCUUUGACCACCAGAGAAUUGCCUGGGGAAACACUCAGGUUGUUCACUUGUAUGGAAUGUCCUAACAACUAUCCUUGGAUUCUGGAUCCGACAGGAGACGGUUUCUCAGUUAGGAAGUAAUUUAUUUUUAUUUUGAUGCUGGCAUCUUGAAGGCGAUUUGCCAGUGGAGCUGAAUGUGUUAUUUUAUUUAAAAGACUUUGUAUAUAGCUGCGAACAUCCUUUUUUUUCUUUUUGUAUCUUCUGUACUUUAAGAUCUUCACGCGACUUGCCAGAUCUAAAAUCUCUUAGUUUUUCUUACAAAUUGUAAACCAGAAACAACGUUAUGCCAUGUAAUGAUGAUUGUUGAAUAAAAAACUCGAAAACCU